AUGACGGACACCAUCCAGUUAACAGCCCUGGAGACCUUUCUCCAGGUGCAUUCCACUAUCAAGUACAUCCCACCCUCCUCUCCCGAGUACCAAUCCGCUCGCAGGGUCUGGAACAGCUCCCGCCGUGACAACCCGCUGGCCAUAGUCCAGCCGCAGUCCCCUUCGGAUGUGGCCUCUCUGAUCAGAUUCACCAAAUCCCAGUCUCUCCCCUUCACACUCCGCUCGGGCGGCCAUAACCUGGAAGGCCGAUCCAUUGUCGACGGCGCCCUGCUCAUUGACCUGCGCGCUCUGAAUGCCGUCACCAUCGCACCGGAUCGCAAGUCCGCCACCGUCCAAGGCGGCAUCUUACAGGGGGAACUCGCCAACAGACUCUGGGCAGAGGGGCUAGCCACACCGACAGGAACAGUCCCAUCCGUAGGCUAUGUCGGCUGGGCCGCAUACGGCGGGUACGGGCCCUUCUCCUCGCACUGGGGUCUAGGCGUAGACCAGAUCCUCGGCGCGACCGUCAUCAACCCGGACGGCGAGAUCAUCGCUGCCGACGAGGCCCUUCUCCAGGGCAUCCGCGGCGCGGGGGGUCUAUUCGGUGUGAUCGUCGAUCUCACCAUCAAGGUCUACCCACUCACCACGCUCCUAUCCGGCGCCAUCCUCUACGACUCAACCAACAUCACCAAAACCUUCAUCACCUUCAACGCCGCCUACCGCGCCCUCCUCGACGAAGACCCCCUCCCCCACAACUCUCCCCCCUCCGCAGGCCGCCUCCUCGCCGCCAUCUUCGUCUGGAGCGGUUCUGAUACCACUACCGGCAACACCUGGGCAACCAAAAUCGCCGCCCUCGCCCCCUGCCUCGCCAACACCGUCUCCGAAACCACCAUCCCGUCCUUACUAGCCUCCACCGGCGCCCUGAUCCCAAUCACCGCCUACGGUGCCCCGACGGAGACUGUCGGAGAGUAUCUCGACUCGAUGCCCCCCGACCCAGGCACGAUGUUCUCCAUACACCAGCUGCGGGGUCCGUCGGCCAUGACGCAGAAGCACUCCACCGUCUUCGCGGCAAGAGAGCCGCAUUACAUGCUCGAGUUCCUGGGGUACGCGGUGGAGGAGACGCUCAGCGCGGACGCGAUGGAAUGGGCUCGUGCGGAUCCGAUGACUAUACUCCCGACGGUGUAUGUAUCGUUGUAUAAUACUGCAGCAAUAUCAUCCGAUGAGCUGCUGCGGAGGGUGUAUGGGCAUAAGGCUGGGGUAGCGUGGUCAACUGACAUUUCUACUAAGCUAUCCAUUGAUCAUGACAUAGUGAUUAUAGUACAGAACGGAUAA